UCCCCCAUGCCUGGCAGUCCCAGAGCCCCAGGGCCCAGCAUGGCCUGGCUUAUCCUGCUCCAGAGGCAUCCCUCUUCUCAGAUUUGCACUUCCUCCUGGCCGACGAAUUCCCUCAUCCCUAUGAGUGAGGUCAUAGCCCUUGCCUGGCAGGGCUGCUGUGAGGCAUGACUGGGCUGAUGUGUACCAGAUGCACCCAUCCAUCUACAUCUACGGAGGUUCCUGUAGAGACAGAUGCGCGCUCUCUCCAGACCCUGCCCAUGACACUGGCUCUCCUCCACCUACACACAGUUUGCUGUGCCCUACUUCAUCUACGACAUCUACGCCAUGUUUCUCUGCCACUGGCACAAGCAUCAAGUCAAGGGGCACGGCGGGGACGAUGCGGGGGCUGGCCUCCCGGGCAACACCUGGGCCAUGGCACGCAGCUACCUGCAGAAAGAGUUCCUGAUGGUGCUGCACCACGCCGCCAUGGUGCUCGUCUGCUUCCCGCUCUCUGUGGUGUGGCGCCAGGGCAAGGGGGACUUCUUUCUUGGCUGCUUGCUCAUGGCAGAGGUCAGCACCCCCUUCGUCUGCCUUGGCAAGAUCCUCAUCCAGUACAAGCAACAGCAUACGCUGCUGCACAAGGUGAAUGGCGCCCUGAUGCUGCUCAGCUUCCUGUGCUGCCGCGUGCUGCUCUUCCCCUACCUGUACUGGGAGUACGGGCGCCACGCCGGCCUGCCCCUGCUCGCUGUGCCGCGCGCGCUCCCGGCGCACGUCAACCUGGGCGCCGCGCUGCUGCUGGCCCCCCAGCUCUACUGGUUCUUCCUCAUCUGCCGGGGGGCCUGCCGCCUCUUCCGGCCACGGGGCUCCCCGCCCCCGUCCCCCUGCCCGACCCAGGACUGAGGGGCACGCGACCCAGGACUGAGGGCGGGGCCGGGCUCUGGGACUGAUGGGUGGGGGGAGUGAUGGGAGCCAGAGCCCCCUGGCCCUGCGAGUCUGCCCCGCCGACUGGUAUGGGCACUGGAGCCCCUUACCCUCUGGGGUGAGGACCGGGACUGGGGAGGGCAGGAGGAAGGCCGGAGAAGGUGGGUGACUGACCCCCUCCUGCACAGCCCCAUUCCCCAGUCACCCACCCCGGGGCCCUG